UUACAUUGGUGAAUGACAAAUGAGACGACUGUAUAACUCAUUGAGCUGAGUGCCUGGCACUGCUGGGGACUCAGUAGAAAGCCUCUGCUGCCUGCUCCCUCCUCCUCGUUGCUAUUGUCAUUACAGGCUCUUCACUGCCACUGUCCAGCGCAGAUGUCACCUUCAUAUAACAGAUGAGGAAGUUGAGGCCCAGAGAGGUUCAGCAACUUUCACAGCCAUGCAGCUGGCCAGUCGCAGAGCUGGGAUCUGAACCUGCCAUAUAACUGACCACUUGGGUUUUGAGACUGAUGAAGGCCAGGAAAACUGAGGGAUGGGGGAGAUGGUGACUCCUGGACAGAAGCUGCCAACACAGGGCCUGAGGCUGCUGGAGAGCCGUGAUGGUGACAUUUGAACACCUACAGAGACAGCAGUCCAGACGAAUUCUGACAGGUGUCAAGAGCCAGGGUGCUGGGAUGAUACCUCCACAGGCCCUGGCGUCCCUCCUGCCCGGGUGCUAGGAGCCAUCCCCAGGCUCCAGCCGGGAGCCCUGCCACCCAGGGGCAUGGCCAAACCUUUCUUCCGACUCCAGAAGUUUCUCCGCAGAACACAGUUCCUGCUGCUCUUCCUCACGGCCGCCUACCUUAUGACCGGCAGCCUGCUGCUCCUGCAGCGGGCCCGAGUGGCCAUCCCUCAGGGCCCUAGGGCCCCUGGCAGCCUGCAAGCCUUGCCAGUGGCCACCGUGGCACUGGGAAUGGGUCUGAUGGAUGGCAGGACCCUGCAUGACCCCCGUGGCAUCCCAGACCUGAUACCUGAAAUGGACGCACUGCGGAGCCCUCUGGCCCAGCUCCCACCUGGACUCCGCUGGCCUCGGAGGAACCGUAGUGCACUGCGGCGCCGCUGGCUCCACCACCUCACCAGUGACUCCCAGGGGCCACCUACCCUAGGCCCUGAGGCCCCUGGGCCAGCCAGCCGAAGCCGAGGCACUUACCUGGGAUGCUUCAGUGAGGAGGGCCAGGAGAGAACUCUGAAGGGGGCGGUGUUUUAUGACCUGAGAAAAAUGACUGUGUCACACUGCCAGGACGCCUGCGCCGAGCGGUCCUAUGUCUAUGCGGGCUUGGAGGCUGGAGCUGAGUGCUACUGUGGGAACCGUCUGCCAGCCAUACGUGUCAGCCUGAAAGAGUGUAACCAGGAAUGCAAGGGGGAGAAAGGCACCAUGUGCGGGGCCAUGGGCCGGCUCUCCGUGUACGGUGUGGAACUGCUGCAGCCAGGCUCCAGGAACCGGCGAACUGCCACCUACCGAGGGUGCUUCCGACUGCCAGAGAAUGUCACACACACCUUCUCCACCUCCCUGACACAGGCCAAUGUGACUGUGGAGACAUGCUCAGGAUUUUGUUCCCAGAAAGAGUUUCCCCUGGCCAUCCUCCAGGGCCAGGAAUGCUACUGUGCCUACCCCACCCCCCAGUUCACCCUGCGGGAUGCAGUGGACAGCACACUGUGCCAUCAGGCCUCUGAGGCUCAGAGGAUGCCCAGCUACUGUGAGGUCUACCAGACACCUGUACAAGACACGCGGUGCACAGACAGGAAGUUCCUGCCUAACAAGUCCAAGGUGUUUGUGGCUCUGUCCAGCUUCCCAGGAGCUGGGAACACAUGGGCAAGGCACCUCAUCGAACAUGCCACUGGCUUCUACACAGGGAGCUAUUACUUCGAUGGAACCCUGUACAACAAGGGGUUCAAGGGUGAGAAGGAUCACUGGCGGAGCCGGCGUACCAUCUGUGUGAAGACCCAUGAGAGCGGCAGGCGUGAAAUCGAGAUGUUCGACUCAGCCAUCCUGCUGAUCCGGAACCCCUACAGGUCACUGGUGGCCGAAUUCAACAGGAAAUGUGCCGGACACCUGGGCUAUGCACCCGACCGCAACUGGAAGAGCAAAGAAUGGCCAGACUUUGUGAACAGCUAUGCCUCAUGGUGGUCUUCGCACGUCCUGGACUGGCUUAAAUAUGGGAAGCGGCUGCUGGUUGUACACUACGAGGAGCUGCGGCGCAGCCUGGUGCCCACACUUCGGGAGAUGGUGGCCUUCCUCAACGUGUCUGUGAGCGAGGAGAGACUACUCUGUGUGGAGAAUAACAAAGAGGGCAGCUUCCGACGGCACGGGCGGCACCCUCAUGACCAGGAGCCCUUCACCCCCGAGAUGAAGGACUUGAUCAACGGCUACAUCCGGAUAGUGGACCAAGCCCUACGUGACCACAACUGGGCUGGGUUGCCUAGGGAGUAUGUGCCCAGAUGAUAGGCUCUGGCCUGGCUACCUGCUUUUACUAAGCCACAGUCAUACCACCCAGCUGAACACUGCUCUGACACACUGACCCGUGGACCCCUGGGACACAUGGCUGCUAGUACACAGUCAGCAGGGGGGGGUUCUUGUGGGUGCUGCCUAGUGUGCAGAGGGACCUGGGCACAAAACUCACCCAGACAGACACUCAUGCAUCCUCAGACACACUUAAACAUCAUUCCACACUCUCAGUACCUGUUUUGAUGUGCCUAAACCACCUGAGCAGGAUGUGCCAGACACUCCCAGCUGUGGCACAUACAGCCAGAUGUGGAUGCAUACACACAGGUGCCAGGGUGUAUGCUUACAGAGACUGGUUGGCUGCCUUGCGUGCGCGCUCACACACAUGCACACACGCACACAUGCAAGGCUCCUUAAGGCCCUGGGCUUCCUGGGUCCAAGGGGCCAAGGAUCCUUGGAUCUGGACUGCCAGGCUGGGCAAUAGUGUUCUAAAGGACACAGUGGGGACUGUCGGGAUGGAGGUUGGUGGACAGACUGUUGCUGAUGGAUGUGCAACCCUGGCUGCAUAUCUGACAUCCCAUAAAUGUGUUGCUGUGACUUCUUGGCACUGCAGAUGCUGUGA